GUGUGUACGUCGCCACCCAUCCCUGCAAAACAUUUAUUACCUUGUCAUGGUGGAGACGAGUAGAAUACUGAGGAAUUGAGAUUUAAGGAAGCUAUGGAAGUUGGAACGCUUGAAAGAUAACAUAAUGUCGCAGCAUGUCCACGUCCGUGAUCCAAUAACAGGAAAAUGUCCUGACUGCGACGUUCACGGAGGACACCAGAAGAUUGUACAGCGAACGGGGGAAGAUCCGCAUGGGUACGGGCAUGGCUGGCGGACCAUCCGAGCACCCUUACUGUUAGCCGGGGGUCUUAACAAGCGAGGGCAGUCCCCACAUCCAAGCAGGAGUCCAUCACCUUCUUAUGCGAACCACACUCCCUUCAUAUACGAAACACCUCCAACGCCUUCGAUGCGGGAUUUUGACAGACCAGAGCCAGUGGCAAGAGCAGGGGAUGGCAACCCCAUCUAUAUUCAAAUCCAACCACCAGCGGCACCACCGGCUCCAGCACCAGCGCCACCUGUCAAGAAAACGCACACACGAGAAAUCCAGAGUCAGACUGAUGAAAAGCCUAGAACACCGCCACCAGUGUUUGUGGUGAACGUUCCAGAGAGCCGAUCGCGAUCACCGACACCUCCACGUCAGCCGACGCCUGCACCGCAGCCGCAGGUGAUCUACGUCAAUGCUCCAGAGAAAGAGCGACCUCGGACUCCGAAGCCAGCCCCUCCGCCCCCACCACCACCACCACCACCACCACCUCCGCCGCCCCCAAAGGUUGUUUAUGUUGAACGGCCGCCGGCGAAGAAGAAAGUUGAGGUCGUCGCGCCCAUUCGAACGUAUCCGGAACCUCCCCAGACUACGACCUACUAUCGAGCACCAUCAACCCGUACAGUUCACCAAUAUGCCCCGCGAUCGUACACGCAGGCUGGCUCCAAGGCACUGGGUGCGAGUGGGAGGCGGCGGUGCCUGUGUUGCUGUCUUGUUGGAAGUUUGCUGGCUCUACUCUUAGCCGGGGGAAUCAUGGGGAUAGUCAUGUGGAGUCAAAAUCAAAACUACCUCGAGGCAAUUCCACAACCCAGGAAUUUCUGGAUCGUCCCAAACCUCACUGACUGCAACAUCAGCCCAACCGCUGUGGGGCCUACAACUACUGUAGCCGGAUGUGCCAAGACCAUCACCGUGACGGCCAAACCCGGCUUCACUGUGCCGACAACGCCGGUGUCUGUCACCCAGGCUGGUGCGGAUUCACAGUCGACUCCAUGUACAGUAUUUGUUUGGUUGUUUUUCUUUUUGAUAUUGUACAUAUUUUAGAUGGUUAACAGCACGAGUUAAAAUCAGUAGGUGCCGUAAUUUUAUCAAUUCUGUAAAACCUGAUUCUUGGUGCUUAAAAGUAAAUCAUGGUAGAAAGCAGGAGAAACAAUUAAUAUUAUGAUAGUUUCGUCAACGUACUUGUCAAUCCCAACUAUCGCCUCAUAUAACUAUUUUGGGCGUUCAAAGAAGACAUUGCUUCUCCAUUCAUCUUGACAGAAAGGAGCCGUUGUGGCCUUUUUUAUUUUCGGUAUGCACAAAAAUGCAUGAGGCGUUAUACAUUGUAGGAUUUCUAUGGUAUGUAAACAUUGUAAGUAGAUUUGGCAUAUACAAGCACAUGCCGAUGUACCGCGUGUAUUGUCCAUCCUUCGUCGUUAAAGGAGGAGAAUUUGGGACUGAUGUUCACCGCCGGUAAAUCGGCAUAAUACUAGCAUUAUGUUAUCUGAUUCUUCUUAAAGAAUUUUCAGUUUUCUUAUCAAAAAAGAUUCAAGUGGAAGUUUUUUCUUCAUGUAAUAAUCUAUUUACCACCGCACUUGAUGGACAAAAUAUCAAAGGUUUUGAAAGAGAACACAGUAAAAUGACAUCUCUAACGGAAGCCACAUCCAUAUUGAUUGAAACCUCUAAUACUAGAUGGCAGUCGCGGUUUGCAAGCCACCUCAAGCAAGCCGUUAGUGAAACAAUUAAAUUGAUUACUAGAAGAAAGAAAAUGAUAAAAACUAUUUCAAGAUUUUUUUGACUUGACGAAAGAAUGUUAGAUGCCUUAUGAAUAUCAACUGAUUGACGGUAAACUUGUUGAUGUCUAGCCUGGUGGAUGUCCAUUGUUAGAAUAUCUACUGGACAACAGGUUGAUAUCAUUUGGACAUCAAGUGGUAGAAGUCUAGUAGACAUCUAAUAGAACUGUAUUAGACAUCUAUCUAUCAAUAUGUACAAUAGAAAUCAGCAGGUUUUCCCAGUGAAGAUAUGGUUGACAGUUCGUGCUGAGCAUAAGAGACGAGAAUAAAAGCU